CAACCAACAAUAAAAGCAGUAUGUUCAGACAACAAACAUUGUUUUGGCGUGUAAUGUAUUUGGUUAAGCCAUUCGCGCAAGAAUAUGAGUCAUUACCAGAUGAUUUCAUCAUGUAGCAGGUCAACAUUAACACUAACCAGUCGACUUCGAACCUAGUUAGUCUUACUCUUUGUGACUUGAGCUCUGUUGAAGCUGUCAAAUAUGGAGUUUGAGGAAGAGAGAACUCAGGAAAACAUCACAGAGGAUUCUGACAGACAAAUCCUCAUAGAUGAGAUGAAACAAGAAACUAGCCAAAACAUUUGCCAGCACUUCCUCUUGGGCAGAUGUCAUUUCGGAGACAGAUGUCGACUGUCUCACAGCAUGCUUGAUGUCUCUCAAAGCACACACUCAGAGGAAGAUGAUACAACCAUCACAGAAAAGCAGAGCAAGAGCCGAAAAAAUGGAAAAAAGAUUAAUGCUGAAAAGCAGCAUAUGAAAACUGAGAGGGAAGGGUGUAAGAAGAAGCCACGCAUGCGUACAGCCGAUGAUGUCAUCUCCAGAAUUAUAUGGGACGCCUCAGUGGACCCAGCUGAUUUUGUAGUUGGUCACCUGGACCGCUUCCUUGGGGUGCUGGAACGCCCAUUCUCUGACUUCUCAUGGGACACUCAGGUGUGUGACUGUGACUUCUCUGAGGAGUUGGCUCUCCCUCGUCAUAGGAUCCAGUACUUCACCUACAAAGGCCGCCGGUUGUGGGAUAGAGACAGUCGCACUGACAGGGUGUUCGGCUCCACUGGGCAGACUAUUUUGCCCCCUUUUGGCGGUGAGGAUCAGCAGCAAGACACACCUGAUACUGGACAACAUGAAGAGACCAUCAACACAGUGGAUGUUUCAAAUGACCUAGAGCAAGCAACUGACUUUUCUGAAGAACAGGAUGAGGUUGUAACUACAAUUACAACAACAAACAAUAAACAACAGCUGGAAGGUGCCAUAGAUCACUCAUUAACCGAAAAUGCCAAGGAAGGAACCAGUGAUGGCAUCUUACCAUUGCAACAAGUAUCUGCACCAGAAAACAAAGAGAUGGCGGCUACUGAAGAUCUCAGUUUGAAUCAUUUGUCAGAGGAGCUAUCCAUCACUCAGAAAGAAGAACCGGCUGAAAUGGUGGAAGAAUGGAAGGAGAGCUGGGAUGGAGUGAGUGGUCCAGAACCAGAGCCGGUAUCAUUCGUUCAGCCACAACCACAGCCGAGACGUCCACCACCACGCAGACCCACUCACUUCAUCUGCUUCCGUGUGGACUCUCCUGCUGCUCUCCUGGCCUUCCAGCGCGUUCAGAGGAAGGUUCUCUCCCACCUUCCUCAGUCAGAGCCGCUAUGGGUGACCCCGGAAACUUUACACAUCACUCUCUCUCUGCUUGUUCUCAAUAGCCCAGAGGAAGUCAGCGCUGCUGCUGAGCUCCUGCAUACCACAGUCGGAAACUCCCACAAACCCCCUAUAUCUGUGUCUUUCCCCCUAAAACUACGGCACUUCAAUGGGACUGUUCUCCAUGUGACCCCACAACCCCUAUCAGAUGUCCAGAGCCUGAAUUCCCCUCUCCAAGAAGCCUUCCAUGAGAAGGGCUGGCUUCACCGCCAUUCCCGAUGCCCUUCGUACCAUCUCACCCUGGCCAAAGUGAGGAGCCCCAUGACAGACAAGAUAUUUGAAGGCAUAGGGGCUGUAAAACUGGCCAAAGACGUGAAUUUCGGCAAGCUUGAAGUAAAUAAACUCUAUCUUUGUGUGAAUGGUCACACAAACACAGAGGACGGUUUCUAUCAGGUUGUAUGUGAUGUGCAGCUGCCCAUUGUGUAAAUGUGUCAGAGAUGA